AUGGCUGAGAAGGGUGACUGCAUCGCCAGUGUCUAUGGGUAUGACCUCGGCGGGCGCUUCAUUGACUUCCAACCCCUGGGCUUCGGCGUCAAUGGGCUGGUACUGUCAGCCGUGGACAGCCAGGCCUGCCGGAAGGUGGCCGUGAAGAAGAUCGCCCUGAGUGACGCCCGUAGCAUGAAACACGCGCUCCGGGAGAUCAAGAUAAUCCGGCGCCUGGACCAUGACAACAUCGUGAAGGUGCAUGAGGUGCUGGGACCCAAAGGCACUGACCUGCAGGGUGAACUGUUCAAGUCCAGUGUGGCCUACAUCGUCCAGGAGUACAUGGAGACAGACCUGGCCCGCCUGCUGGAGCAGGGCACCCUGACAGAGGAGCACGCAAAGCUGUUCAUGUAUCAGCUGCUGCGCGGGCUCAAGUACAUCCACUCUGCCAACGUGCUGCACAGGGACCUGAAGCCCGCCAACAUCUUCAUCAGCACUGAGGACCUAGUGCUCAAGAUUGGGGAUUUCGGCUUGGCAAGGAUCGUUGACCAGCAUUAUUCGCACAAGGGUUAUCUGUCAGAAGGGUUGGUGACCAAGUGGUAUCGCUCGCCCCGCCUGCUCCUCUCCCCUAACAACUACACCAAAGCCAUUGACAUGUGGGCCGCCGGCUGUAUCCUGGCUGAGAUGCUCACAGGGAGAAUGCUCUUUGCUGGGGCUCACGAGCUAGAGCAGAUGCAGCUCAUCCUGGAGACCAUCCCUGUGAUCCGGGAGGAGGACAAGGACGAGCUGCUCAGGGUGAUGCCUUCCUUCGUCAGCAGCACCUGGGAGGUGAAGAGGCCACUGCGCAAGCUGCUGCCCGAAGUGAACAGCGAAGCCAUUGACUUUCUGGAGAAGAUUCUGACCUUUAACCCUAUGGACCGCUUAACAGCUGAGAUGGGGCUGCAGCACCCCUAUAUGAGCCCCUAUUCCUGCCCCGAGGAUGAGCCCACCUCACAACACCCCUUCCGCAUCGAGGAUGAGAUCGACGACAUCCUCCUGGUGGCUGCCAACCAGAGCCAACUCUCCACCUGGGACAGGUGCCCUGGCAGGUACCCUGUGAGCCUGUCAUCCGACCUGGAGUGGCGCCCCGACAGGUGCCAGGACGCGAGCGAGGUUCAGCGUGACCCACGCGCAGGCUCAGCGCCGCUGGCGGAGGACGUGCAGGUGGACCCGCGCAAGGACUCGCAGAGCAGCUCCGAGCGCUUCCUAGAGCAGUCGCACUCGUCCAUGGAGCGCGCCUUCGAGAUGGACUACGGGCGCUCCUGCGACUACAAGGUGGGCUCGCCGUCUUACCUAGACAAGCUGCUGUGGCGCGACAACAAGCCGCACCACUACUCGGAGCCCAAGCUCAUCCUGGACCUGUCCCACUGGAAGCAGGCGGCCGGCGCGCCCCCCACCGCCGCAGUGGCAGCAGACGCGGUCGCUCGCGAGGAGGAGCCGACCAGCCUCUUCCUGGAGAUCGCCCAGUGGGUCAAGAGCACGCAGGGCGGCCUCGAGCGCGCCAGCCCGCCCCCCGACGGCCCCCAGCGCAGCCUGGCCGCCUCACCCCCCAGCCACCCGGCCCCCGGCGACGGCGGUGCCAGCCCCCAAUUCGACCUGGACGUGUUCAUCUCCCGCGCGCUCAAGCUCUGCACCAAACCCGAGGACUUGCCGGACAACAAGCUGGGUGAUCUCAACGGCGCAUGCAUCUCUGAACACCCUGGCGACCUUGUGCAGACUGAGGCCUUCUCCAAAGAAAGGUGGUGA